ACAACAUCCGGGUCAUAGCGGCUUGUAAACAGCUGUUGGUUACAGUGAUUCUUAUUCCCGGUAUAUUGUUAUUCUAGGUGGUUCCCCCCGUUUCAUUCAACGCCGAAAGUCAGGGUUUGCGAACAGUUACCGGUUAGAGUGAUUUUGUUAUUCCAGGUAAAGCCUCACUGGUGGUUCCUGCCCGGGGCGCUGACAGACGCGACGGUUGGUUGGCAAGGAAGGAGACACAGGUCAGGAUAAUUCAGCGCCGGUCGCUCCGACCGAGGAGGAUGGCAGCUCAGGAGUGGCGCUUGUCGCUGAAGCUCAUGGAGCAGCCGGCUCUACCCAAGUCGGUGCUGCAGUUCCCCGACGCGGAGCCCGGAGACGUUCCCCCGGGCGAGUACCGGGUUGCCACCCUCAAGCAACUGGUGGCGGCGCAGCUGGCCGACUGUGUGCCGGACCCGGAGCUCAUCGAGCUGGUCUACUGCGGCCGGAAGCUCAAGGACGAGCUCACUCUGGACUCGUACGGAAUCCUGCCUGGAUCCACUGUGCACAUCCUGAAGAAGUCGUGGCCGGAGCCCGAGGUGCACCCAGAACCCGUUGACAGGGCGACAGCUGCCAGGGAGUUUCGUGUUCUGCAGGCAGCCCUCCACACCAGCUCAGCCUACAGGGACUCGGUGUUCAAGAUGCUCAACAAUAAGGAGUCUCUUGAUCAGAUCAUUGUGGCCACACCUGGACUCAGCAGUGAUCCCGUGGCACUUGGAGUGCUGCAAGACAAAGAUCUCUUCAUUCAGUUCACAGACCCUAAUAUGCUUGACAAGUUGAUAAGCGCGCACCCGGCCCUGGUGAACGCCAUUGUCCUGGUUCUGCACUCAGUGGCAGGCAGUGUGCCUGUCCCACAGAGUGCCACCUCCUCCCGCAACGUGUCCUCCAGCUCUUACAGUGAUAUGCCAGGGGGCUUUCUCUUUGAGGGCAUGUCUGAUGAUGAAGAAGAUUUCCAGACAGGGAACCGUGCUGGACCGUCCACUAGUGCCGGGGGCCCCUCGGGGGCUCGGCCAGCCACGCUGGGCUACAGCGGGGCAGUUGGGCCCCGGCCAAUAACACAGAGUGAGCUGGCGACAGCGCUCGCCCUGGCCAGCACUCCUGAAAGCAGUGCAGUGACACCCACCACAGGGAACCAGGCUACCUCCUCUGGGGUGUCUCCUGUGCCUGCUGGCACACCCAUCACCAAUGACCUCUUCAACCAAGCCCUGCAGCAGGCCCUGCAGGUGUCUAGCCUGUCCUCUCUGCAGAGCCAGUGGCAGUCCCAGCUGCAGCAGCUACGGGACAUGGGAAUCCAGGACGAGGAGCUCAUCCUGCGGGCGCUGCAAGCUACAGGUGGGGACAUCCAGGCUGCCCUGGAGCUCAUCUUUGCUGGGGGAGCACCUUGAGCUGCAGCAUGUUGCUGUCGAGGGAACGUCUCACCUUGUUUUGCACCAGCUUUGUGUGAUGAUGCGAACAGACACCAACCACAGCAGCGGUGUUGAAGCUCUGCUUCCCAACAUCCCGGAUUGGACAUAACCAGCUAUCUUUAGAGGACAUAUGUCAUCUUUUGAGACAUUGCAAAGAUUAAAUAUCUUUUGCUUUUCUGUGGGAAUUUUUAAUUUGAUUUAUUUUAAUCCCAUAACUUCUGGAAUGUGGAUAUUUCUUUUAUUGUGCAGAAAUAAAAGGCACUAAACAU